AUGGUUGUCGACAUCAUUGUUGUAGGCGGUGGCAUCUCUGGAAUGUCUGCCGCCUACGAUGCUUACAAGUCCGGGAAGAGCGUCAUCGUCCUAGAAGCAAGAGACCGUGUAGGCGGUCGAACCUACACCAUUGACACGGAGUCCGGUGGCCGAAGUGAUGUGGGAGGUGCCUGGAUCAAUGAGUUCACGCAGCCAAACAUCACAAAACUUGCAAAGGAGGCUGGCAUCCCCAUCAUUCACCAAUCGAUCCAUGGUACCGCCGUCAUUGAGAGAACAAAAAACAAGAUACAAACGUAUGAAGAUCAUGGUACAUUUGAACUCGAAGAGGGAAUGCCCGAGGAAGACAGGCUCGACGAGAAACGAGUGGUCGCAUUAUUGGACGAGCUAUGCGAACUUGUCGACAUCGAGGAGCCAUGGAAGUGCGAAAGAGCCGAAGAAUUCGACUCGAUCAGCUUUUUGGGCUGGUUGAACUCGGUUGGGGCAUCACAAGCAACAAAGAAUGGAAUGGCGUCUUUCAUACGAUGUCUCUUCGCCCUUGAAUUGAACGACGUCUCCUUUCUGUACACUCUACAUUACUUUGUCUGCGGAGGUGGCUACGAAAGUCUAGCAUCAAACGAUAGCCGGGGGGGCCAGUAUCAACGAAUGCGUGAAGGUUCGAUGCGCGUAUCCGAGUACAUUGUCACGAAGCUGCCCAAGGGGUCCGUCAAACUGUCAUCUCCCGUGCAGGCGGUCUCGCAGGAAGGCGACAUCUGCACGGUCGUCACCCGGGCUGGUGCCAUCUACACGUCCUCCGCCAUCAUCUGCACCAUCCCAAGUCCACUUUACAGCACCAUCACAUGGAGUCCUAUGCUCCCGAUCAAGAAGCGCUGCUACGGGCAGAGGUCGUACAUGGGGGCUUGUACCAAGGUCGUCAUGAUCUACGACCGACCAUGGUGGCGUGAAGCCGGAUACUCUGGUCUUGGGAUGUCUCUUGUCGGACCUAUUACUCAGACCAUGGACACAUCUGACGGCGAAUGGAAGUCGACGGACCCAACGCUAGCCCCACGGCAGUACAGCUUGUCCUGCUUCCCCAUGGCCAACUUCGCCAUUGAAUAUGCACGUCUCCCUCAAGAGGAGAGGAUCCUUAGCAUCAAACAGCAUGUGGCGAGACUUUUCCCGAGUCACGCCGCCGAAGCAAUGGAGCCGUACCAGGUUUUGGAACAACAGUGGCUGAAUGAAGAAUUCAGUGCUGGUGCGCCAGUGCCUGUCUUGGGCUGUGGCGCCCUGACCGCCAUCGGUGAGGAGUGGCGUACUCCUCAUGGUCGUAUCUUCUUCGCUGGUACCGAGAUGGCGACAAAGUGGAAAGGCUACAUGGAUGGGGCGGUUUCGGCUGGGCAGCAAGCAGUGGCUGACGUGUUGAAGGUGCUGCCAGUCAAGAAGGCAUUGGUCAAUGGAGUCAACGGCACACACUAG